CUGAGUUGUGAGUUGUGUAUGCUGUGUUGUGGAAGAGUGAGUUUAAAAUAGACCGCUCCCCUCUUCAGUUUGUAGGCCUAGUUAGUUAUUCAGUCUGGUUUCGUAUGGAGUGCAGUUAGAUAUGUCCAAGGAGACUCGUUCGAGUUCGGCUCUUUUUAAAAGAGCAGAACAAUUAAAACGUUAUGAAGAAUCGGAAUCAAAUCGUGAACUGCCCGUUGUGUCAAAUUCCAACAAGAGGAUUAAGUUUUCCUCGGAUUGUGUCUUUUUAGCAGCAUGUGCAGCAGGGGACAAGGAUGAAGUUGAUCGCUUGCUGCGUGAAGGGGCAGACAUUGACACAGCCAACGUUGAUGGAUUAACAUCUUUGCAUCAGGCGUGCAUCGAUGAUAACUUGGACAUGGUGGAGUUCCUGGUGCAGAGGGGGGCGGACGUCAACAGGGGUGACAACGAGGGCUGGACCCCCCUCCACGCCACUGCCUCCUGUGGAUUCGUAUCCAUUGCCAAAUACCUGAUAGAGAAUGGCGCCGAUGUAGCGGUUGUGAAUAAUGACGGAGAUCUGUCAGUCGAUAUUGCUGACUCGGUCGAAAUGGAGGACCUCCUUCAGGGGGAACUUGACCAUAGGGGUAUCAACUGCGAGGAGGCGCGUAAGCAGGAGGAGCGAAUGAUGCUGAGUGAUGCGAAGGAGUGGCUGAGCAACGGAGAGCUGAACGACAAGCCGCAUCCCAAGACGGGCGCCACUGCCCUCCAUGUCGCCGCAGCCAAGGGAUACAUCAAAGUCAUGGAACUAUUGCUGGAAGGUGGCGCCGACGUGAACGCACAGGACUUGGAUGGGUGGACGCCUCUGCACGCAGCUGCGCACUGGAACCAGAAAGAUGCCGCCCAACUGCUCACCAAACACAACUGCCAAAUGGAUAUGAAGAACUAUGUGGGUCAGACGCCGUUCGACGUAGCCGAGUACGUGAUGACGGUUGCGCUGAAGGAGAUGCAGCAGAAACAGGCGGAGACGGGUGCGAGAGAGCAGCGCACCAUCUGCGCCCGAGAGAGCAAGCGAGACAGCGACACCAAUGUGUCACCCACCUCGCCUCCCACGACGCCACCCACGCACGACCUUGUGCCCAAGGUCAAGGUCGAAAUCAAGCCCACACCGGACGAGGACACUGUCGCUGCAUCUGGAGGGGUGGGGGGAGAGAAUAAUGAUGAUGAUGAUGAUGUGAGUGUGAGUAGUGAUGACAGUGAUGAUGAUGAUGAUGAAUCAGAGGAUGAUGAGGAGAGCUCGAGCGCUUACGGCGAGGGGACGAGCUCUCUUUGUAUAGACGUACAGGAAGAGAGUCAGGUCAGGGAGUUGGAGAAAAAGAAUAAGGCAAAUAAGGAUGAAACACCUAGAAUACCUACAUCUGCACCUGAAGUCAAAGUUCCUAAUAUUGCUGCUCCCCCAUCUCUACCUCCUAAGCAAAGUGUGAUAGAAAACAACGAAGAUGGUCCAAUCCCGUCGUGGAGACGGCCGGGAUCGUUCAGGAAUAGGGGCGGCGAAACUACCACCCCCAAUAAAUUAGCUUUAAAAAUAGGUGAAAAAGAAGUUGGAUCGAAGGUGACGUCACCAACAGGCACACCCACAGACCUAGCCAAUGAAGUCAGCCUGAGGCGGACGCAGAGCUUUGAGGCCGAUGAAAAGUUCUACCGGCGCUAUUUGGAGUUGCGCGCCAAAAUAAACGCGGGAAACUCGUGCCCGGCGCUAGCGGCUAAUACGCAUGCCCGAGGUGGCAGUGGCGCGGACCAGUGCGCACCUCAUUCUGCGCACCUGCCUACGCGGUCCGCGUCGCUCAAGGAGAAACACUACACCAGGUGUUUGAACGCUCGACGCCUGACCAGCCCAACAUCAGGGAAUAGUCCUCCCCUUCCUGGGGUCACCACUUCACCCUCUUCACCCCCCUCUACCAACACAGCGACCACCACCACCACCACACCCUCCACAUCACCACACACCACCACCACAACACAUAUCAGGAGCAAUCUCUAUCUACAGCUUGGUGGGGUAGCAGUGCCCAGUAGCACUCCCUCUUCUCUUACCCCCACUCCGACCCCCACCACCCCUGGUGGCAGUAAAUUAAGCCCCGGAAACAUCUUUAAGAAUUUCUUCAAGUCGUUUGUGCCGCCGGUUCGUGACGAGGAGUCGGAAACGCAACGCAAAGCGCACGCGAAACGCGUGAGAGAGACACGCCGAUCGACGCAGGGCGUCACACUAGACGAGAUCAAGUCGGCCGAACAACUCGUCAAACAGAAACAGCAGGUCAACAACAAUAAUAACCAACAGCCUGAAGAGGUGACAGUGAGUCUUCCCUACGUGACGGCCACCAUUACAACUGGCGAACCGACCACACGUCACGACACUGACCGACGCCCCUCCUGGAGACUGAAAGUCGAUAACGGCAGCAAGUUUCAGUUGGAAGACGCCCGCGUAGGGGAGCAGAGCAACGGAGGAGGGGGCGGAGCAGCCAAUCAGGAGGCAGCGUCGCGACGCGGGUCGUCGGCCAGUCUGGCGGCUAGACCUACCUCUACCCCCACUUCCCCCACCACACCCACCACUGAGGCCACUGUCACACUGCCCCUCAGGAAGGCCGCCUCACCCAACGCUAACACCAACGCAACUGUGGCCGAUAGAGAAGGAGACAAGGAGAACGAUGCCAGGAGUGCGCAGGGCCAGUCGACGCAGGCAGUCAUCCAGCGACGGCGCAGACCCAAGCGACGCUCAACCGGCGUCGUGCAUGUCGACAUGGAUGAAAUAGACCCCGAUAGACAAGAUAGUAGUGGAGGAGGUGGCGGAGAUGAAACCAAUUGUAAUAGCAGUGAGAGUGGUGAAGAAAAGUCUCAAAGGUUGAAUUCAACAUCGUCAGAUGCGGAAAAACCUGCCACUGAAAAUGGAGAACUCGAUUACAAGAAAUUGUAUGAAGAAACAAGUCUGGAAAAUGAGAGGUUAAGAGAAAAAUUACGGAAGACUGAAGGAGAUCUGCAAGACGUUAAAUCGCGGUUGGAAAACACCACAAAUAAUUCGACAAAAGUGUCUCUCUCCGAGAUGGAGAAACGGGAGAGGAGAGCUAUGGAGAGGAAACUCUCAGAAAUGGAGGAAGAACUGAAGCUGUUUCAAAAGCUGAAAGCUGAAAACGAAAGAUUGCGAGCUGAAAACCGUGCCUUGACGCGUGUCGUGUCAAAACUGACCGCCUCAGUUAAUGCGGCCGCUCAUAAAUAGCAACUGAUCCAGCUGAGAAACGACAACCAAAAGUUGAAGGACGAGAACGGAGCCCUCAUCAGGGUGAUAAGCAAACUCUCCAAAUGACCCCACUUCACUCUGCUCCUGUUCUCACUACUGUUAUUCGUGUAAUUUAAUUAAUUAUUAUUCAGUUUUGUAAUCGUUGUCAGUUUUGUUGAGAAUAAUAUUAUUGGUAUUAUUUAUUUUAACUAUCCAACCACCACCUUCAACAUAAUAUAUCAUUAUUAUGAUCUUCAAUCAUCA